UGUGUGUGUGUGUGUGUGUGUGUGUGUGAGACAGAGGUGGGCGGGGCCGUCCUGCCUCCUCCUGGUGCCGCUCAGAACUCCGCGCGCACUCGGAGUUCUGCACAUCUGGCCAUCAUCAUCCUCAGCAGCAGCAGCUCGUCCGACUCGGAUCUGACUGGACCAGAACCCGGACACCGAACCUGUGGACAGAACCUGUGGACCGAACCUGUGGACAGAACCUGCGGACAACUUUGUUCUUCAUCUUCUUCUUUGAGUUCCUCAGAGUUCCGGACCUGCAGAACUCCGCGGAGGUUCCCGAGGCUCUCCGCCGGAUGGAUCGGGGGUCCCGGCUCUGAUCGGAACCUGGUUCGAACCCACCGCGGCGGUUCUGGAUGCAGACAGACCCUCGUGCUUUGGUUCCGGGGACGCAGCUCGAGCUCGACUCUCCUCCUCUUCCUCACCGCUCCGCGCUGCGCCAUGACUUCCAGCUACGCGCACGUUCUGGACCGGCAGGGCUCGAUACCGAACCGCCUGGAGAACCCCAUCACGUCGAACCUGGACCAGCUCCAGGCCAAGAAGAACUUCUCCGUCAGCCACCUGCUGGACCUGGAGGAGGCCGGGGAGAUGGUGGGCGCGCAGGCCGACGACAGCGUCGGGGAGGCCGGCAGGAGCAUGCUGGAGUCCCCGGGGCUGACCAGCGGGAGCGACACCACCCAGCAGGACAAUGAGCAGAUGAACACGGAGGAGAAGAAAAAGAGGAAGCAGCGCAGGAACCGGACCACCUUCAACAGCAGCCAGCUGCAGGCUUUGGAGCGGGUCUUUGAGAGGACACACUACCCCGACGCCUUCGUCAGGGAGGACCUGGCCCGCCGGGUCAACCUCACCGAGGCCAGAGUCCAGGUCUGGUUUCAGAACAGGAGAGCCAAGUUUCGCAGGAAUGAACGAGCCAUGCUGGCCAGCAAGAACGCCUCGCUGCUCAAGUCCUACUCAGGAGAGAUGACGGCGGUGGAGCAGCCCAUCGUGCCCCGCCCCGCGCCCCGCCCCAACGACUACCUGUCCUGGGGCAGCGCUGCCCCCUACAGUGCCAUGGCCACCUACCCCCCCACCUGCUCCAACACCAACACGUCCCAGGGGAUGAACAUGGCCAACAGCAUCGCCAACCUGCGGCUCAAAGCCAAGGAGUACAGCCUGAACCAGGUGCCCACGGUCAACUGAGGGGGGACAGGAUGAGGAGGGACAGGGGGACACCGUCUCUGAGAGGACAUCCUGGACCUGUUCUGUUUUCUGGACCAUGGGUUUCCUCCGCAGCGUCUCUGGACUCGCUCUGACCUCCAGACCGACUGGAGCUUUGGGACUGAAGCGAUCGUCCAAUCAGGGACACGGACUCACUUCCUGUCUUUCCUCUGGAACCGUGUGGACAAAGUUCUGCACCCAAAGACCCAAAGUUGGACGGACUCCACCAAAACCUGGACCAGCAGAGACUUCCUGACAUUUACUCCGUUCUAGUUUUCCUUCAUGUUAUACCACUGAGGAGCUGAUUUCAUCUUAUUUAGUCCAAUAUAAACAGAACUGAUGUGGUUCUUGUUCUGGUUCUGGUUCCAGAACCACUCAGUCCGGUUCUGUCUUUGUAUCAGACUCUUAUACUGAAAUAAAAACGUGUUUCAAGCAACAAAA